GCGGUGCAGCAGCGCACAGGGAGCGCGUCUCACAGGUAGUCCGCGCCUCGGCGACGCGGGACGCGCUGCCGCCGCUGGCCAAGGUGCUGGACACUACCGACCUGUCGGCCACCUCGCCAGCUCAGUUGCCCGUUGCAGCCGCGGCUGCCUCGCUCCCACCCGGGUCCCCAUGGAAGAGAUGGAAGAAGAGUUAAAAUGCCCCGUGUGCGGGUCCUUCUAUCGGGAGCCCAUCAUCCUGCCCUGCUCCCACAAUUUAUGUCAGGCGUGCGCUCGCAACAUCCUGGUGCAAACCCCGGAGUCUGAGUCCCCCCAGAGCCGUCGGGCCUCGGGCUCCGGGGUCUCCGACUAUGACUACCUGGACCUGGACAAGAUGAGCCUGUACAGCGAAGCGGACAGCGGCUAUGGCUCCUAUGGGGGGUUUGCCAGCGCCCCCACUACUCCGUGCCAGAAGUCCCCCAACGGAGUCCGCGUGUUCCCCCCGGCUAUGCCGCCACCGGCCACCCACCUGUCACCGGCCUUGGCCCCGGUGCCCCGCAACUCCUGUAUCACCUGCCCCCAGUGCCACCGCAGUCUCAUCCUGGAUGACCGGGGUCUCCGUGGCUUCCCCAAGAACCGCGUCCUGGAAGGGGUAAUUGACCGCUACCAGCAGAGCAAAGCCGCGGCCCUCAAGUGCCAGCUCUGCGAGAAGGCGCCCAAGGAGGCCACCGUCAUGUGCGAACAGUGCGAUGUCUUCUACUGCGAUCCGUGCCGCCUUCGCUGCCAUCCGCCCCGGGGCCCCCUAGCCAAGCACCGCCUGGUGCCUCCGGCCCAGGGCCGCGUGAGCCGGCGGCUGAGCCCGCGCAAGGUCUCCACCUGCACAGACCACGAGCUGGAGAACCACAGCAUGUACUGCGUGCAGUGCAAGAUGCCCGUGUGCUAUCAGUGCUUGGAGGAAGGCAAACACUCCAGCCACGAAGUCAAGGCUCUGGGGGCCAUGUGGAAACUGCACAAGAGCCAGCUGUCCCAGGCGCUGAACGGGCUGUCGGACAGGGCCAAAGAAGCCAAGGAGUUCCUGGUGCAGCUCCGCAACAUGGUCCAGCAGAUCCAGGAGAACAGUGUGGAGUUUGAGGCCUGCCUGGUGGCCCAGUGUGAUGCCCUCAUCGACGCCCUCAACAGGAGGAAAGCCCAGCUGCUUGCGCGCGUCAACAAGGAGCAUGAGCACAAGCUGAAGGUGGUUCGAGAUCAGAUCUCUCACUGCACAGUGAAAUUGCGCCAGACCACGGGUCUCAUGGAGUACUGCCUGGAGGUGAUAAAGGAAAAUGAUCCUAGUGGCUUUUUGCAGAUUUCUGACGCCCUCAUAAGGAGAGUGCACCUGACUGAAGACCAGUGGGGGAAAGGCACGCUCACUCCCAGGAUGACCACAGACUUCGACUUGAGUCUGGACAACAGCCCUCUGCUGCAGUCCAUUCACCAGCUCGACUUCGUGCAGAUGAAAGCUCAGCCCAGGAACUGUGAUGCUAUCCAUUUUCAAACCACAAAAGCUUCCUCUCCAGUCCCAGCAACCCCCAUCCUACAGCUGGAGGAGUGCUGCACCCACAACAACAGCGCCACGCUGUCCUGGAAGCAGCCGCCUCUGUCCACGGUGCCCGCCGAAGGAUACAUUCUGGAGCUGGAUGAUGGCAAUGGUGGUCAGUUCCGGGAAGUGUAUGUCGGAAAGGAGACCAUGUGCACCGUGGAUGGUCUUCACUUCAACAGCACGUACAACGCUCGCGUCAAGGCCUUCAACAAAACAGGAGUCAGCCAGUACAGCAAGACCCUGGUCCUGCAGACGUCCGAGGACACAGAUUCAGAAGAACAGACACUCCCUUUUCCAGUGCCUUCGGAAAGAUUGCCGCUCCGUAGAAUGAGUCCUUUCUCCUCCACCCUAAAUCUACAGCCCAGCUUUCCCGGGAGAUCCUACUUUGAUUUCCGAUCCUCACCCCACCAGCUGAGCUUGCAUUCCUCCUUACAGUCUCUCAAUGCACCGGGAUGCAAUUUUGAGCCACAAUCUGCACCUUACUCUCAAUUAGUUGACAUUAAAAAGCUGUUGGCAGUGGCCUGGUUUGCUUUUGACCCUGGCUCAGCACACUCGGACAUCAUCUUCUCCAACGACAACCUGACUGUGACCUGCAGCAGCUACGAUGACCGGGUGGUACUGGGGAAGACGGGCUUCUCCAAGGGUGUCCACUACUGGGAGAUAACUGUGGACCGCUACGACAACCACCCCGACCCUGCCUUUGGCGUGGCUCGCAUCGACGUGAUGAAGGAUGUGAUGUUAGGAAAGGACGACAAAGCUUGGGCAAUGUAUGUGGACAAUAACCGGAGCUGGUUCAUGCACAACAACUCGCACACCAACAGAACUGAGGGAGGGAUCGCAAAGGGGGCCACCAUCGGGGUCCUCCUCGACUUAAACAGGAAAACCUUGACAUUUUUUGUCAACGACGAACAGCAAGGGCCCAUCGCCUUCGAGAACAUGGAGGGCCUCUUCUUCCCGGCAGUGAGCCUGAACAGGAACGUGCAGGUCACACUCCACACCGGGCUCCCAGUCCCUGACUUCUACUCCAGCAGAGCAUCAAUAGCCUAAGGAUGGGCCGUGGAAGCGCCAGCUGCCUGCUCUUCCCUCCACCUGAGAAGCAACUGCAAGGAGCUCAGCCAGAGCGUGGUGGGAUGCCAGAGAGCUGGAAGGAGAGGGAGAAGGAGGAGGGCAAAGCUGGUCCUCUAUGCUCGUUACACCCCACAGCUCCGCCCCUUCCCUUCCAACCUCUCUCUUGCUGUAAUGCCUGCGUGCGCUCCCAUGUUCAGCAAUUCCAACCAGCGAAGGACCCAGACAGCCCAUGUGUCGCUUCGUUUCCUCUCUCAGAUUUUGCUUUUAGUUAACUUCAUUUUUAUGUAGGUGAGUUACAUUGUGUUUCCCUGCUGGUCGUGUUAUCAGUGACAUAUGGAACUGGCCCUGCCAAGAGGAAAUUCCCCUGAUAACUUGUUUUCUUAAGCUUUCUGUCAGAGGUUGUAGGGAGAGGUAGGGAAGAAGGAGCUGAAUUUGGAGCCUGCAGUUUACCUCCUAGAAUGUCCUUGCCCUGCUACCCCUCGUGCAGUGUUCGCUCUGCAUAGCUGAUCUUUGGGGGGUGGACAGAGUGAAGGUAGCCUUGAAAAGUUUCCUUAUCCAUUGAAGCACAAAAGGAUCAGCUACACAGCUACAUCGUGGGUAGGGCCGUUAGGAUAGCUGGGUCAUUAGGACAGGCCAGAACCCUGGUCAUUGAAUGAAAA